GGAUUGUUGGCGUCUUGGGCGGCGUUGUUCUAUCGAUACAGCGAUCCAAAAACGCGGACUGCUCAAAUCUAUGAGCUUCCACCACGCCCAAAACUCGAAGGACCACUAGCUAUAAACAAUAAGUUGCAAGACGUCGAGUAUAUUCUGAAAGGUGAAGUCGAUGGUCCAGAGUCCCUUGUCAUCGAAGGAGAUUCCAUCUAUACUGGUUUGUACGAUGGACGAGUUGUCCACAUAAAAAGCGGCAAGAUCGUGAAAGAAGUUCGGUUCACCAAACACCGAAAAUGCGGUUCUUUCGAAACCGAGCCUAUUUGUGGACGUCCUCUUGGCAUUCGUCGUCUGAAUGAAAAGGAGUUUGUGGUCGCAGAUGCAUAUCUCGGAAUUUACAUCGUGGAUAUGAAAGCUGGCACAUUCCGACAAAUUGUCAACAGCAAUGUACCAAUUGACGGGCGAUACAUGCGCUUUUUAAACGAUGUGGAGGUCCUGAACGAGGACGAGAUUGUGUUCACGGACAGUUCAUCUAAAUGGGAUCGGCGGCAUGUGGUUCAUAUUAUAAUUGGACACGAGCCUCUUGGCAGGAUUUUCAAGCAUAAGAUCUCCACUGGUGAAACUACUGUACUUGUUGACGGUCUCCAUCUUCCUAAUGGUAUUCAGGUACCUUUUCAUUUUUUCUCAAUU